AUGGCUUCCAUAAACAUUGAAAAAGCUUCAUUUUCAUCAUCAUCUUAUUCUUUAACACCACGAUGGAAAUAUGAUAUCUUUCUCAGUUUUAGAGGUGAGGAUGCUUGCUAUGGUUUUAUAGACUAUCUAUAUGCUGCCUUGAAACAGAUGGGCAUUGUCACAUGUAGAGAUGAGGAAAAACUUGAGAGAUGUACGUCCAUUUCACCAGAUCUCUUGAAAGUAAUAGAAGAAUCUUGGUUUGCAAUUUUCAUUCUCUCAAAAAAUUAUGCAUCUUCUACAUGGUGCUUGGAUGAACUUGCAAAAAUCAUUCAAUGCAUGAAAGAGAUAGGAAUAACAGUUUUGCCAAUUUUUUAUGAUGUGGGUCCAUCUAAUGUGCAGAAACAAAUGGGAAGUUUUGCCCAAGCCUUUGCUACACAUGAGAAGAAUUUCAAGGAUCACAUAGAGAAGGUGCAAACCUGA